GAACACCUUAGCGUGAAAAACGUAAACACCGCACACCGAAGGGUUUGAGAUCAACACAACACCGCAAGUUGGGAUUUUAUUCAACGCAUCACCGCUUAAAAAAAACAAACAAACAAAAACAAAACAAAAUAACGAGCUUAAAUUUUGGCCUGUAGCAGGCAGCUUUAAAACUCUCAUUCGAUUUGCAUUCAUGAAAAUCUUCUCGCCCGCCCAAAGCACAGUGUACUCGAACACUGUAUCCGCAAUAACAUAAUCAUCUACAAAAUAUAUGCACUGUUAUUAACCAGGGUCUGGGUCCUUGGUCUUUUCGAGCCAUUAAGAAGCGUUUUGACUAGAAGUAGAGGCGCUUUACAUUUCAAAUAUCAUCUUGUCUGCCGCUUUGUAAAUGCGACAAUCCAAUUUUGUCUCGAAUUUUCACUAUCUUCAUUAACUAACUCUCAUCGGGGGAGAGAUUCCCAGGUUUCACAAAAGCCUCAAAGCUUCGAAACGACCGGUGACUAUAUGAGAUUCUGUCAUAAUAUUGCAUAAUCUCACAAUUAUGCAAUAAUAUAGCAUAAUCUCACAAUAAAUCGGGAGAAGGCAGCAAAUCAUAAUCAAAGGUAAUCCUGCCUUGCCCUCAAUAUACAUUCUAUACCAAACAUUAUUCCUUAACGCCGUUUACAUAGGAUUGUGUCCUACAAAUUUAAGUCUUAACUGACUUUGAACAAUAGAUGACUAUUAUGGAGGUAUUAUUGUUUGAAAAAAAAAAUGUAUAUAUUAUAAUCAUGACGUCAUGUGAGUCUCCCCCAGGCUAAAACGUUAACUAAUAAUACAGGAAAAUGACUUAAAAACAAUCAAGGUUCGUUCCGAGCGAAUAAUCAGCUUUCUUCCAUUUGAGCUGGUAGUGUUUUGUUGUGAAAACUAUAACGCUAAUUAUAGUACGCUUACGUAUAUAUACGUAAGAAAAUUUACAACAGCAGUCCAAGGUAAGAACAGAUAUGUCGCUUUUCCGUUGACUCCUUCUCAUCUAGACUUUAAAUCUGAUUGUACCUCACUGGGGAUACAUGGCCCUCAGAUACAUCACUGCGAAAGUAAUGGCUAAACAGGCAAUUUUUAUGUCCGGGCUCAUCACUAUCGCCGUUUUCGUUCAAACUAAAGCCGUUCCUCUGCCGUGCUUUGAUCACCAGCUAAACCAAAGACAACCAGGUGAGAAGUGGUUCAAAGAUCCUACAACUAACUGUAUCUGUACUGAGUACAGUUCAGUCUUGUGCCAGAAACUAAAUGAGUCUGUGUGCAUGGACAUCAGGGGAAACUUGAGAAAGAAUAGGGAGGCGUGGAUGAACAGUUCCUGUGUGGCUUGUGAGUGCGUCAACGGCACUAUAAACUGUACUGGAUAUGACGUCAACAUCACGCAUGGAUUGUAUAGUGUUGAGCUGUUACCCACCUGUGAACAAUGUGCAGUUCUAUUGAGAACACAAGAGCCCUACAGUACUUGCAAAGUCUACCUUGAACUUUUCGAAAACGGAAACAUGACCGAGUGUGCAAGUGGGGGAUUGUAUAUCCGGGACAUUCACCGAUGUAACGGGAUAGCUGAAUGCCCGGAUGAAUCAGAUGAAAACGGCUGCGAAGACGCCAUUUGCAAGGACGAAGAGGGAAGUUUAUUUCUUAUAAAAGAUGAAAAUGGUUUGCAACUUUCUCGCUGUAUGGAUUGUCAUUGUGAAGCAGGCUUUCUGACAUGCCGUAGAAACUUGACAAUUAACUUCCCUGGCUAUUACUAUGGUCUUUAUGAGCAUAUUGAGAAUUGUGCGCAGCCACAAUGCAACGUUGCCAAGUUUGUGAGAGAAAAGAGACAUCAGUGUGAAGGCGUCGAAUUUACCACAGACGACGGUAUUUACUACAAAGGUCAAACAUGGAAAUAUGCAGGAUGUGAUUUUUACUUUCCUGGAUGUCAUUUUCCCUCUUUUGAAGACAGGACUUCUACAUUAGGCGGUAAUUCUCUAUGA